AUGGUAAAGCAAAAAGCGAAAUCCGGUCAGGACCCGAAUGCAGCGGACGAUGCUGGCGACACGGCACUUCACGCCUCGGCACUGUUCGGUGCUGAGAGGUGCUUGAAACUGUUGCUCGAAGCGGGAGCAGACGAGGAUCGGGCGAACUCUCACGGCGAAACGCCGGUUCUAGUCGCAGCUCAAAGUGGCUGGCUAGGCACCACGCGUCUGCUGCUGGAGGCAAGCUGCACGGUCGAUGCAAGGCGAAGCGAUGGGGCAACAACACCCCUGUUGCUUGCGGCACAGCAGGGGCACACAGAGGUCGUUGAUGCCUUGCUCCAAAGCAGAGCAGAGACCGGCAGCGCGAAUCGCCGAGGGGAAACGGCCCUCCUCCUCGCUGCACAGCGUGGGCACAAGGAUGCUGUUAGAGCCUUGCUCGGUGCGGGUGCCGACGACUUGCCGCGGCAGGAUGGAGCCACCGCUCUUUCCCUGGCUACCCAGCGCGAUCACCUCCAUGUAGCGCUCCUCCUUCUUGAAGCCAGCGCGGACAAGGACAAGGCACUGAAAGACUUCGCGGCUGCCAGUCGGAAUGACUGGUUGGCCAUCCCUGCGAUCCGCUUUGGUCGCUGGCACUUCAGUGUCUUCGA